AUGCCCUUGCGUCUCACUUCAGCUACCGUCGCCGGUGUCAAAAAACACAAAUCGGCGGCGUCGCGCAAGACUCAGCCCUCACCCUUUGCCGCCCAUGCCCGGGGCAAGCCAGGAUCCGCCGCGGCGAACGGCGUGAAGAGAGCCGCCGAAGAGGGUCUUCUCCUCUUCGACGAGGACCUUCCCGACCUCGGACCGUCGCAUCAUAUAUCCGAUACAGCGCAAGUCGAGAAUGUCAUACAGGCGGUUGAAUAUAUCAGGUCAAAAAUGUUCGACGAGCUUCCGCCCCGCGCGGGCAUAAACAGCACGCGCAUCGCGGAAGUCUUGAAUCUCCGUCGCUCGUUGCCUCCACUCGCUUCAGUUGCACAUGUACAUAUGCUGAUGAAUGCGCCGACGCAAGUGGAGCGGGAGAUCGUCGAACAAGUUCGGGCGGGUCGUAUUCGGCGGUUGAUUGUGCCCGGGCGUGGGAAUGAUGCGGCGGGACUGGGUGACUGCUUGGUUCUUGCGGAAGACUGGGAUAAAAUGGUACGUGAGAGCUCGGCUCUCGAUGCAGCUCUCAAGGAGAAAUUCCUCGGUAUCGUGAGCCGCAUGGGAACUACUAGUAGCUCUGCGAUCUCGCAAAACAUGUUUGAAACUGAAGAAUACAGGGCAUUGAUGCGUGCUGGAUUCCUCGUAUCAUCCUCCACCUUCACACAAGGAUCGUUGAGCCUCGCUUCUCUUCCUAAAGUACCCAAUGCAGCGGUCACGUCGGCCAGUCGGAGUGAACCGGGCAGAGCUUCAGAUACAGACCGAUCAGUGCAGACAAAUGCACAAUCCCGUGCUGCGACACUAUUUUUGUCACUCCCAAACACUGGGACCUACCUUCGUUUGUUAGAGACUGGCCGUACCCAUCUGCUCUCCCUUCUGAAGCGGUCUAGCUGUAGCGAAGUGCCCAUGGGGUUGCUGAAGGAUCGAUGGGACGGCGCGGUAGAAACAGAAAAAAGCUUCCACCUGGCCAAGAGAGCCCGCGGAGAAUUCGCAGGAAUUCUACCUGGCAAAACCAAGAAGUGGAAAGACCUUAAAGGGAUGCGGUUUCGUUGGGUACUGGAGGAAGCCCUGGGAGCGGGCCUGGCAGAAAUAUUUGAGACAGGCAGUCCUCAUCCCUUCACCGCGCUACCCGCCCAUCCAUCACUGCCGCCCGGCCCAACGCGCCCGGAAGCAAGACAGGUCGCGAGCAUCGCGCUGCAGGAAGCUCUGGAGCUACUUAACACCGACCUUCCCACCUGGGAUCGGGAAUCCAAACCUCGUCGCUCACCUCCCGCGCGCGCAGAUGUGCAUCUUUCGCGUAAAUGGCGCAAAAAUGAAGAGCCGAACGCGCCUGGCAAACCAAAACCCGAGUUUUGGGUUUGUCGCCAAAGCGAGCACUCUGAUUCAAGUACGCCCGGCAGUGCAUCCUGGUCCGAGUUCGAAGAUGGAUUAAGAUCCGACCAUGCUGAGCAUGAAAUGGAAUAUACGCCCAGCGUGACGAGUGUUGAGCGACUGCUGCAAUGGACGGAGCAGGAGAUUGGAGAGUUGGACUUGAAUGGAUUCAUAUUCAAGGAUGUGGAUGUUGAGGUCAACCUUAUCACCCACAAGUUCCACCCAACAGCCCUAAUCUCUCCCCGAUCAUUCAUCUCCUUCACCAUAUCCGCCACCUACGACGCACACAAGAACGAGCCCGACAUCCCCGCAAAAGGAUUUGUGACAGUCCAAAUCCCGCUAAGCGCAGACCCCUCUACAACCCCAACACCCAUCCACGAAAAGAUCAUGUCCGCCGUUCCCAAGCGCACCGUGUUCGCCCACUAUGCCAGUGUCGAGCGCGUCGGGAAACGAAAUAGUUCUGCCGAACACACGGCGUCGCAACAGACCAAGACAGCAACUGGUUCGAAUGACUCGAUUCAGUGGAUUAUGGCCACGACCUCUGACGCGGGUGGCUCCAUUCCGCAGUGGAUUCAGAGGAAUUGGACUCUUGGUGGUGUUCCUAAAGCGGUUGUUGCGGAUGUAGGGCUAUUCAUGGAUUGGACUGAGAAGAGGCGGGGGUCUAAUUAG